AUGGCUCCCAGUCGGUAUGCGGAGAGUCGACGCCAAGCGGCUCUCGACCCCAGUCCCUGGAGCGUCAUUGCCUGUGCCCUGGGCCUUGCCGCUGUAGAGAGCUUUACCAUCUAUUUUUUUGCAGCACCUGCCGUAUCCGCCAUUCCUUUUGUCGCAACCAAGUGCCAGCGCGAGGUGAUGCUCGCACUGACUCGCCAACCAGGCACAUCGCUCUUCUGUGCCUCUACCUCUCGACGACUUUGCCAUUCCACCUACCGUCGCGCCUUCUCCACCACCCGCCACGCUGCUCGGGAAUUUUCCAUCUCUCGAGUAAACCAUGCCGAUUCCAAAGCCAGACGUCCUUCAACACGCAAACAUGGCGGCCCAUUCAAAAACGAUGGAAAGAAGCUCAAGUUCCUCGAUGUCCUAAAAGAGCAGCUCGGCACCCUCAAGCUCGAAUUGCACGCCACUCCCAUAGGCCAGAAACUCGACCAAGACGGCAGAUUCAGAGACACAUGGUCUGAUUUUACAGAAUCUAUCAUCGCAACUGGCGAUCCAACCUCUACUCACCCCAUCGUUGUUGCCAGGAGAAAUGAACAUCAAGCUCUGCGUGAUGCUUGGUUCGAAANNAGAGGCCACAAUGGCUUGCAGGAUCGCAUCAAAUAUGCCUUUUACAAUCAUGUCACUUCUCAACACUUCACUGCCUCCGACAUUCGCAACCAAAAGGCCCUUGCCGACUUGCGCUAUCCUACAGAAUGGUAUCCCGCCACUCGCAUCAUCCACCGUACCAUCCACCUUCACGUCGGCCCAACGAACUCUGGCAAGACAUAUCACGCUCUACAACGUCUAGAACAGGCUGAAACUGGUGUCUACGCUGGUCCUCUGCGUCUGCUUGCUCAUGAAGUCUAUACUAGACUCAAUGCAAAGGGCAAGCAGUGCAUGCUUGUGACUGGUGAAGAAAAACGUGCUCCCGACGACGAGUCUUUGGCUGCCGACAUAACCAGCUGUACCGUCGAAAUGAUGCCGCUCAACAAGGACGUCGACGUUGCCGUCAUCGACGAGAUUCAAAUGAUAGGUAACGCCGAUAGAGGCUGGGCUUGGACACAGGCUGUGCUGGGUGUAAAGGCUCGUGAAGUCCACUUGUGCGGUGAGACCCGAACCGUUCCAUUGAUACGUGAAUUGUGUGCCUCGCUCGGUGAGAAGCUUGUCGUCCACGAGUACGAGCGUCUGAGUCCUUUACAGAUGGCGGAUAAAAGUUUGCAGGGCAACCUCAAAAAGCUGCGAAAAGGCGAUUGUAUCGUCAGCUUUAGCGUCAUGGGUAUUCACGCGCUACGCAAGCAGAUUGAACAGUCUACAGGAAGAAAAGUAGCGACCGUGUAUGGUAGCUUGCCACCUGAGACUAGAGCUCAACAAGCACGUCUAUUCAACGACCCCGACAACGACUAUGACUUUUUGGUUGCUAGUGAUGCCAUUGGUAUGGGUCUCAACCUGAGCAUCAAACGCGUCAUCUUCGAGUCGUCGGCCAAAUUCGAUGGAUUCCGUCAAAGAACUCUGGUUGUUCCAGACAUCAAACAAAUUGCUGGACGCGCCGGUCGUUUCAAGAGUGCUUAUCAGGCAAACAAGGCUUCAGAGAAGGCGGCUGCUCAAGCGCUUGCAGAGGCAAAAGGAGAGUCGGCACCCGGAAAGGAGACCAUCACUGAAGAGGCUACGACACUCUCAGAGGUGUCUUCACAAGCUCCAGUAUCUGGUACUGAAUCUACUACUUCUGACACCCAAGAAGAACCUGUAGACUCGAAAGAUUCGACACUAGGCCUUGUAACCACUCUCGAGGACUUUGAUUUCCCCGUCAUUGCCAAGGCCAUGAAGCAAGAGCCCGAGCCCAUUCGUUCUGCAGGCAUCUUCNCCCCUGCACCCAUUGUCGAACGUUUUGCUUCAUACUUCCCUCCGGGUACACCAUUUUCGUACAUCCUCAUGCGACUACACGAGCUAUCCCAAAUGCAUUCGAGGUUUCAUCUCUGUGGCCUCAGAGAUCAGCUUUGGAUUGCUGAUUUGAUUGAGCCUGUCCAGGGAUUGACAGUCACAGAUCGAAAUAUUCUCUGCGCUUGUCCAGCGUCCAAGUCUGACAAGGAUUUGAUCAGCAAACUCAUGCCAGCUCUGGCACGCUGUAUAGAACAGCAAGGUGGUGGUGCUCUCUACGACAUUGAAGAAAUGCCUCUCGAGGUCCUGGAACUGGAAAUGUCGGCAAACAGAGAUUAUCUCCGGCAACUUGAGCAACUACACAAGGCCAUUGUUGCCUAUCUGUGGCUUAGUUACAGAUUCGCAGGAAUCUUCUCUACGCGUCCCUUGGCUUUCCACGUCAAGGGACUUGUAGAAGAAANNAAGAUCGAACACGUUCUUCACCAAUUCUCUUUUACAGAGGGCCAGAGAAGAAAGAUUAAAGCCGCGCGAGAGAAGUCGUUGCUGGCAGAUGCCCAAAGAGAGUCUAUGCUGGCUGAUGAGGAAGACGGCCAUGAAGCAGUUACAGAACUUGACCAACAGACCAGUGUCACUGCUGGAGGUGAUCAGUUCUCGGGAGAAACCGAUAUCGAAAUCAUGGACGCGGCCGAGUGGACUGCGAGUGAGNAGUCUGCCACGAGCCAGGUAAGCAUGAACUCGGACGUGGCUCGAGACUUGGCCCCUCGAACAGCAAACCAUGACGAAGUGCAAACAACACAAGAAUCAGUAGACUCCAUGGGGAAUGAUCAGGAGCAAAAGAUUGGUUCGAGUGUUUCGGAGAUGGACGAGGUCAACCUAGCGCAUGACAAGGCAACGACCAGCUCGGAGAAGACGCAGAAGCGCGAAGAGUAG